AUGUCGUCAAACUCGAACGAUGUAUCGCCAGAGGCGAUGCAGUCGCGUAUUCAACAAGCCCGUCGUGAAGCAGAGUCAUUAAAAGAUAGGAUAAAGCGCAAGAAGGACGAUUUGGCAGAUGCAACGCUGAUGAACCUUGCGAGGGCUCAACAAGAAGCUUUACCAAAGAAUCAAAUGAUGAAGACUCGAAAGACAUUAAAAGGACAUCUCGCAAAGAUUUAUGCAAUGCACUGGUCAACUGAUAGGAGACAUUUGGUAUCAGCAUCGCAAGACGGUAAAUUAAUUAUUUGGGAUGCAUACACAACCAACAAGGUCCAUGCUAUUCCUCUACGAUCUUCGUGGGUCAUGACCUGUGCCUAUGCACCAAGUGGUAAUUACGUCGCAUGUGGUGGAUUGGAUAACAUUUGUUCGAUCUACAACCUAAACUCAAACCGUGACGGACCUACAAGAGUUGCUCGGGAACUUUCUGGACAUUCCGGUUACCUUUCGUGUUGUCGAUUCAUCAAUGACCGAAGUAUCCUUACGUCUUCAGGAGACAUGACUUGUAUGAAGUGGGAUGUCGAAACAGGAUCAAAAGUUACCGAGUUCGCAGACCAUUUGGGCGAUGUUAUGAGCAUCAGUAUUAAUCCAACUAACCAAAAUACAUUUGUUUCAGGCGCUUGUGAUGCCUUUGCGAAACUUUGGGACGUUCGUGCAGGCAAGGCUGUUCAAACUUUCGCAGGACACGAAUCAGAUAUCAACGCCAUUCAAUUCUUCCCAGAUGGACAUUCCUUCGUCACCGGCUCCGAUGAUGCUACCUGCAGACUUUUUGAUAUUCGUGCUGAUAGAGAGCUUAAUCAAUAUGGACAUGAAUCUAUUCUCUGUGGUAUCACAUCUGUGGCCUGCUCUGUGUCUGGCAGGCUUUUAUUCGCUGGUUAUGAUGAUUUUGAGUGCAAGGUAUGGGAUAUCACUCGCGCCGAGAAGGUCGGAUCAUUGGUUGGACAUGACAACCGUGUCAGUUGUCUGGGUGUUAGUAAUGACGGGAUGAGUUUGUGCACUGGAUCAUGGGAUUCAUUGCUCAAGGUUUGGGCCAUGUAG